AUAGUUACUGUUGUUAGCUGGAGCAGAUUUGUUGUUGGCUAAUUUUGGAGCUAGUUGUGUUGAUGCCGUUGGCGUCAGUUGUGUCACUGUUUUCUACCUUGAGGAAAAGCUGAUCAAAUAUACACAAAAGCGUUUUAUUUCUGCUCUGAUUUGGAUCGACACUAGAGGACAGAAGAUGUCAGGAGAUCUUGUAGCUGUGUGGGACGUGGCUUUGAGCGACGGUGUGCACAGGAUUGAAUUUGAACAUGGCACAACCACAGGAAAACGGGUCAUUUACAUCGAUGGAAAGGAAGUCAUAAGGAGAGAUUGGAUGUUCAAACUGGUUGGAAAGGAGACUUUUCAUGUGGGUGGUACAAAUACAAAGGCCACUAUUAACAUAGAUGCAGUGAGCGGCUUUGCAUAUGAAUACACUCUCGAGAUAAAUGGACAGAGCCUGAAGAAGUACAUGGAGAAUCGCUCCAAAGUUAGCAGCACAUGGCUCCUCAACCUCGAUGGCAUCGACUGCAGAGUGGUUCUGGAGAAAGAUACCAUGGAUAUAUGGUGCAAUGGACAGAAAAUGGAAACGGCUGGUGAGUUUGUUGAUGACGGCACAGAGACACACUUCACUCUGGGUGACCAUGACUGCUGCAUCAAGGCAGUGAGCAGCGGCAAGAGACGAGAUGGCAUCAUUCACACGCUGCUGUUGGAUGGCAUGGAAAUCUCAGAGUCAGAGUGAUCUUUGUGAAUGAGUGUGUGCGGAUUAUCCAUCCUUAUGAAAAGUGCGUAAUGUAUACAUGGAAGUUGGGACAGUAUGUGCUCAUUUGUGACCGCAGGUAAGCUUGUGCUGGUUCAGUAAUGGAUUAUUUUGAGGCAAAAGAGAAAAACGUGUCUUGCAAAUGCAUAGUUUAUGUUGCUAUAUACCUCACAUAGCAUCAGUGGAUAAUUGUUUUAACCCCUACAAAUGGUUAAUUUCUUAAAGGGGUGGUUGACUUUUUUUCCCCAUUUAUUUUGAUUUGAUUAACAUAUGUUAAUGCUUUGUUUAAAAAACACACACA